CACCGCCGUGCCUUGAUCCAUGCUGGGGUAGGAGGGGUUGUAGUGACGCUGUCAUCCAAUGGGCUCUGGCUGCUCGGGACCGAGCGCAGCGUCUCCGUGUCAGCAGCACUUUUGCGCCAGACAAGUAGGGACGUUCUCUAGCUGAGCAGCCAGGAAGAGGCACAGGAAUUACUGAGGUGUUCAUGACGAAGACGGCUUGUCUUUUCUUCAUUGUUUCUCUUCUGACCGGCGGUUUCGCAGAGAUGAACGUCAGCCGCGUCAUCCUGGCGUGCAGCUUACUUACGGGCGCAUCCUGGGGGAGUAAGACAGGCCAACCCCCAAAGACUUCAUGCAGACCAGGCUUCUCCCAGAACUUCUACACGGUGAUUGUUUCUGGAGACGUGCUGCACGGCCAGAGCAUCCUCAAAGAUACUGCCCUGUCCAGCCAACGUGUGAAGUUUGAAGAUUGCCAGCGCAGCAGAGAAGUGGGCUUCAUAAGCAGCGAUCCAAACUUCAGCGUGAGGCCAGACGGCACGGUGUACACACAGCAGGAGGUGGCCAACCUGUCCGAGCCUGUGCAGUUCAUGGUCACAGCGCGGGGCCUACAUGACCCCCACAUCUGGGAGACCACCGUUAAGCUGGCCCUUGUAGGACACCUUCAUUCUUUACCCCUCACAAAGAUGGGCAUUGAAGAGAUGCUGUCAAGAGUGUGGGACUCCCAGCCCAAGGUCAUCAGGUUUUCACGGAAACAUCAGAGAGGAUCUUCCGCUAAUGGGCUGAGGCGACAGAAAAGAGACUGGGUCAUCCCACCCAUCAAUGUGCCAGAAAACUCCAGAGGACCCUUCCCUCACAUGCUCGUCAGAAUCCGCUCAGAUCAGGAUAAGGACGUAGGGAUCCGCUACAGCAUCACUGGAGCGGGCGCCGAUCAGCCGCCCAGUGGCAUCUACAACAUAGACCCAAUCAGCGGAAACAUGUUUGUCACCCAACCCCUGGAUAGAGAGGAGCGAGCCUCCUACCACCUGCGCGCUCAUGCAGUGGACAUGAAUGGGAACCAAGUGGAGAACCCCAUAGACUUGUACAUCUAUGUGAUUGACAUGAAUGACAACAGGCCGGAGUUUCAGAACCAGGUCUACAACGGCUCUGUUGCUGAGGGUUCCAAACCAGGAUCAUCUGUGAUGCAGGUGACGGCCUCAGACUCGGACGACUCCACCACCGCCAACGGCAUGGUGCGCUACCGCAUCCUCUCGCAGACGCCCCACAGUCCCAUCCCCAACAUGUUCACCAUCAACAGCGAGACUGGAGACAUAGUUACAGUGGCCGCCGGCCUGGACAGAGAGAAAGUAUCUCAGUAUACCCUCAUUGUCCAGGCCACAGAUAUGGAAGGGAACUUGAACUUCGGACUCUCCAACACAGCCACAGCUCUCAUUUCCAUCACCGACAUCAACGACAAUCCUCCAGAGUUCACAGUCAGGACGUUUUCCGGUGAGGUUCCGGAGAACAAAGUGAAUGUCGUGGUCGCCAACCUGACAGUGGUGGACAGAGAUCAGCCCCACAGCCCCAACUGGAACGCAGUUUAUCGCAUCGUGAACGGAGACCCCUCUGGACACUUCACCAUCCGCACCAACCCCAUAACAAAUGAGGGCAUGCUCACCGUGAUUAAGCCAGUGGAUUUUGAAAUGAACCGAGCUUUUAUGCUGACUGUGGUGGUGUCCAACCAGGCCCACCUUGCCAGUGGGAUCCAGUCCUCGCUUCAGUCCACAGCAGGAGUCACCAUCUCUGUUCAGGAUGUGAACGAGCCACCUGUCUUCCCUGUGAAUCCUAAGAUUAUCCGAUUUGAGGAAGGAGUGCCGGCAGGAACCACUCUUACCGUUUUUGCUGCUCAAGACCCGGAUCACUUCAUCCACCAGAUUGUCAGGUAUGCUAAAUUAUCCGAUCCGGCUAACUGGCUGAGAAUAAACAGAACCAACGGUCAGAUCACCACCAUGGCGCUGCUGGACAGAGAGUCCAUGUAUGUGAGAAACAACAUGUAUGAGGCCACGUUCCUGGCGUACGACAAUGGUAAGUCCGGUUCACCUCAAGCCAGCGGCACAGGAACUCUCCAGAUUUACCUGAUCGAUGUGAACGACAACGCACCAGUGCUGGUGCCGCGGGAAGCCCAAGUCUGCGAGCGGACACGCCCCAACUCCAAGAUCAACAUCACAGCUUCAGAUGCAGACACUGACCCCAAUGUGGGGCCCUUUGUCUUCGAGCUGCCUUCCUUUCCUCCCAGCGUCCGUCGCAACUGGACCAUUUCCAGACUGAGCGGUGACUAUGCUCAGCUAAAGCUAAGGAUUUCUUACCUAGAGGCAGGCAUGUAUGAAAUUCCCAUCAUAGUGUCUGACUCGGGGAACCCUCCCCUGUCCAACCGAUCAGUAAUUAGAGUCAAAGUUUGCCAUUGUGACCACAACGGCGACUGCAGUGCCACAGGGGCCGUAGCAGCCGCCGGCCUCGGCACCGGAGCCAUCAUCGCAAUACUCAUUUGCAUUAUCAUCCUCCUCAGCAUGGUUCUGCUGUUUGUGGUGUGGAUGAAGCGCAGAGAGAAGGAGCGGCAGGCAAAGCCACUGUUGAUCGACCCUGAGGACGACGUCAGGGAUAAUAUCCUCAAGUAUGACGAAGAGGGAGGUGGAGAAGAGGACCAGGACUACGAUCUGAGCCAGCUGCAGCAGCCGGAGUCUCUGGACCACAUCAUCAAUAAAACAACGGGGGUGCGCAGGGUGGAUGAGAGGCCUGUGAUUGCUGAGUCGCAGUACCCUGUCCGACCCAGUGUCCCGCACCCAGGAGACAUAGGAGACUUCAUAAAUGAUGGUUUGAGGGCUGCAGACAACGACCCUACCGCUCCCCCCUACGACUCCCUGCUGGUGUUCGACUACGAGGGCAGUGGCUCCACCGCCGGCUCCGUGAGCUCGCUCAACUCCACCAGCUCAGGGGACCAGGACUAUGACUACCUCAACGACUGGGGCCCCCGCUUCAAGAAACUGGCUGACCUCUACGGAGGAGGGGACGACGACUGAGGGCGGAGCAGCGGGGGGUGGGGGUGUGUGGGGCUGGGGCGUGGGUCAGGAGAGACUGGAUGGAUGUAAACUACAGGCAGGAGCUGAGAGCAUGAAGAAGGCAGACCUGUGAGGACAGGGACCCCCAAGCAGGCUGCAGACAUGAACUCGGCUGCGAUGCAACUGUAUUCUGGCUUUAUGAUUUUCAGUGGCGAGUUUGUAGUGUGAAGUUUUGAAUUUUUCAUGUUCUCUCUUUCCGCGCUGGACCUGGAUGUCUCUGGGGACAAUCAAGGCGGCCCCCGGGAGACGCCGAUCGUGAAACUUGUGCUUUGAUUGAUUGUUAAAACAAAACCAUCUCUUGCUUUAGUCUCACACUGAAAGGAAUGUUUUUGGGAAGACACUCUUUGACUUUCUCUUUAACUCUGUCAACUUGAAUUUCCUUAGAACAGAAGCACUGUCAUUUUAUAAAGUGCCUUUCGUGGUGUGUUUUUGUAUCAGACUCCUGCUAUCUCAGGAUCGGUUGCCAUUCGUGCAGUAAAGUGGAGACACGUUCUCCUGCUGCCUCCUCAGAUCGGCCCUGCCUGUCGCUCUCUCCUCUCACAGUGGUGCACAUGAACCCCAACAGCCAGUCCGUCCCAGGACGGAAGGACGCAAUCCAGGGCAGACUAUCGGUGAUCAUAACCCAACGAAUUAUGGCCUAAAAGAAGCCAACAGCAGAUUUUCUGGGGUUUUUAAAACCCUCCUCUUCAAGGACCUUCUCAGUUUUCACAAACAUCACCUGUCGGCACAAAAGCAACGAGCUGACAUUGUGCGACGCUGUUUUUAUACAUGUGGGGGUUUUAUAAUUUAUUGGAGAAUGCUUGCCUUUCCUCUGAACUCUUGAGUGGAGGAGCCUGUACGUUGAGACGCUUGCCUGCCCUGUACGGUUUUGUGUUGCUUUCUCCACAGUGUAAAGCUUAUGUAGGCAUGAACCGAUUAGUCCGACAGUGAAACGGAGUGGAACUUUGGGGGACUUUUGGAGCAAAGGUGCCGCAGAAAGGUCCUUUCUGGCGCCUUGAACAUUCCCGUUUUUUUAUAGGCCAACUAAAACUAUUAAAAGGUGCAUGAUUUUUUUCCUCCAAAUGUUUUACUCAAAGCACUUGUUACUCUGUGGUGAGAAUGUGAAAAUAGUCAGCAGAAACUAUAUGAAUAUACUCUGUAUAAAGACACUGCAAAAAUAAAAAAUACUUGUAAAAUACA